AUGCUCGCCAAGGCCUCCAUCCUCGCCCUCGCGGCCGCCACCCCUCUCGCCUCCGCCCUCGGCUUCGCCAUCGUCCACAACAAGUGCGCAACCGACGUGCACGUGUGGUCUGUCGGCUCGGCCGUCGAGGGCCCCUUCAAGGUGGCCAAGGACUCAUCCUACGCAGAGCCCUUCGUCAAGGACCCCGUGACGGGCGGCAAGGCGCUCAAGGUCACGCUCGCGGCCGACGGCCUGUACACGGGCGCGCCCCAGACCAUCUUCGCCUACAGCCUCGAUGGCGACAACGUGUGGUACGACCUCAGCGACGUCUUCGGCGAUGCCUUCGUCGGCAAGAAGGUCUCCGUUACGAGCGCGCAAGCGACUUGCCCGUCUAUCAUCUGGCCCACUGGUGUGCCGCCGGCGGGGAGCCAGGUUAAGGUCUGCACGUCUAGCAAGGAUGUUACCCUCACGCUUUGCGCUUAG